AUGACAUCCAUCAAGUACCGCGGCGUAGAGUACAACGGUCAGAAUGGCAAGAACUCGCACGUCGAAUCUGGACUUGCACCAGGCACUGUUACCAUCAAGCAGUACACUUCUCCGGCCAACAUCAUCAAAGUCACCAUGAAGGUGGGAACACUCGUACAUACGCUUAUCUUCCGCUAUGGCAACCCGAACGUGUACAUCUUCAUGAACAAGAAGGACUCCAGCAUCACUGUGUCUCGAUACAUUCUUCGUAUACCUGGCGGCAUCUUCAAAAACAACGUCAACGAAGACACCGACUGGGUCCCUGAUGGCGCAGCGGCUAUUGAAUCAGGUGAUAUCAAUGGUCUCAAUGGGCAAACUUGGUCCAAGCACUACUCUGGCAAGAAGUACGGUCGGACCAUCGACUACGACUAUGUCGGCUACACCAACGCGAAUGUUGGCAUGUAUCUAAUCCGGUCCGACCAUGAGAAGGCUUCAGGCGGACCUUUUUUCAGGAGCUUGAUCAGACGUGGUGGAAGUGGCGGCCCAGAUCUAUACGAUAUCUACCAUUACAACAUGGGUCACACUGAUAUUAUGCGACUCGGACUUCAAGGCCCCUCUGUGCUUCAUUUCACCGACAACGGCGCUGCGCCCAACAACAACCUUUUCGCACGGAAGGCUGACUGGGGGUGGCUCGACUCUCUCGAAAUUGAUGGUUGGGUACCAGCUAGCCGCCGUGGUGCUGUAGCGGGUGUCGGCCUUGCUAACAUGAAGAGCGGAUUCCAGUAUGUCGUUGGUUUGAAGAGUGCCCAGGCGCAGUACUGGACCAUAGCGACUGGUGCCUGGAGAAUCGACAAAGUUCUACCAGGAGACUACACCUUGACUGUGUACAAAGGCGAACUUGAAGUUCAUACUAGCACAGUUACUAUCACUGCGGGCGGAACAGCGACGCGAAACACCAUUACAUGCAGCGAUCCCGCCGACACCGCUGUCAUCUGGCGUAUUGGUGACUGGGAUGGAACCCCCAAGGGCUUUUUGAACUUCGGAGACACGCCUAUGAAGCCGACUUACAUGCAUCCAUCCGACUCACGCCUUGCUAAAUGGGACGCUGGAAACUAUAUCAUCGGCACAAGCACUGCAUCUGGAUUCCCCGGCUAUAUGUGGAAGGACAUCAAUAACGACCACCUUGUCUACUUCCGUCUCACCGAUGCACAGCUAGCCAAGGGUGCUAAGAUCAGGAUCGGCGUCACUGAGGGAAUGGCCGGAGGACGACCAAGUAUCUCUGUAGGCAGCUGGAGCGCUCCUUUGCAGGGCGACAAGGGCCAGGGCGAUACCAGGAGUUUGACCGUGGGAACUUACCGAGGCAACAACUACAUCUACGAGUACAAUAUCCCAGCAAGUGCUUGGGUGCAGAGCACGAGAGAGUAUCAGAUACUGAAGAUUUCGGUCAUUUCUGGGAAGACUUCAACAGGUUAUCUUAGUCCCGGAGUGAGCUUCGAUGCGAUUGACAUGCUUGGGGCUUGA